CUUCUGCCGUAAUUUGCAGCUUGUGCAAAUGAGGGAACGAAGGCACAUGACGUCAGCGCGUUGCCGUAAAGCGCCAGGAAGCGUGUGUAACCGGUUUAGAAAGAAUUGAAAACAUGGAUAUCCGGCCGAAUCAUACAGUUUAUAUUAACAACUUAAAUGAUAAAGUUAAGAAGGACGAACUGAAGAGAUCUCUAUAUGCGCUCUUCUCCCAGUUUGGUCAUGUGAUGGACAUUGUGGCUUUAAAGACCACGAAGAUGAGGGGACAAGCCUUUGUAAUAUUUAAGGAGCUCAGUUCAUCUACCAACGCCUUAAGACAACUACAAGGAUUUCCAUUUUUUGAGAAACCAAUGCGAAUUCAGUAUGCAAAGUCUGACUCUGAUUUAGUAUCCAAGAUGCGUGGAACAUUUGCAGAUAAAGAGAAAAAGAAGGAUAAGAAAAAGAAACCCCAAGACCAGGCUGCGAAUGCAUUAAAUAAAAAACCUCCACAGGUUCCGGGACAGGAAACGGAGAAUGCAGCGCCAGGAUCAGCACAGAGCCAGCAGGUGCCUGACAACCCACCAAAUUACAUCUUAUUCUUGAAUAAUUUACCUGAAGAAACCAAUGAGAUGAUGUUGUCUAUGUUGUUUAACCAAUUCCCUGGCUUCAAAGAGGUUCGCCUAGUUCCUGGAAGACAUGAUAUUGCCUUUGUAGAGUUUGAGAAUGAGAACCAGGCAGGCUCCGCACGGGACGCACUUCAAGGUUUUAAGAUUACGCCAUCACAUGCUAUGAAGAUCACAUAUGCUAAAAAGUGAACAGUUGCAAUUUCUGGACUUUAUUCAUGGCUUUUAGUUCUUCAAGAAUUCAUAUUUUCUGUUCAAACAUUGAACUUCUAUAGCUAUUGGUUUAUGUCAGAUUGGCAUUUUUGUACAAAUAAAUGUUUUUGUUUUGUUUUUUAA